AUGAACCAACCUUCCGGUGAACAAGAAGAUCAAGUUACUGUUGCAGGGUUCGACGUUGUGAUGUCACCUGAUUCAAGUUACAGCAAUGUGUACCCGGGAAACGAAGACGAAGAGCGAGAACCACCUUCACUACCCCCUCACUUGCAGCAUACCGUGCUAAACCACCCGACAAAUGAAGAUCCUCAUGCACCACUCCCGUACCCACAAAAUGUCACUCUAAAUCAUGUUUAUAUUGAGGAUAGAGAAGCUCCUCGAUCAGUGGUGGCGCUCGGGGUUACUAAUCGCUUCCGUUCGAAAUUUGUUACUGUGGUGCUCUAUAAACCAGUACCAAGAAGAGGAAACAGCAGUAGGUGA